UCCGAGACAGGUUUAGUGUGCUUUACCGUGAAUGGUCCGCUUGCCGGUUUGAAACAGCAUUUUCUGAUUGGAUUAGUCUACUUGGGCGUUGCAUUCUGAUUGGUCAGUUGCUUGCUCCCGGUAUCCGGGUAAGAUGGCGACGGUAGAUGAGUGUACGGCCAGUGCUCCAUGGCGGUCGGUUUCCCUAACACACGUCGAGUAUCCCACAGGUGACUUCACAGGCCAGCUCCUCGCAUAUUCAAGUCUCUUGCCAGUCUUCAUUCUCGUGGGCUUUGUAACACUCAUUGUUUUUAAGAGAGAAUUGCACACUAUAUCAUUCUUUGGAGGGCUGGUGCUCAAUGAGGGAGUAAACUGGUUGUUGAAGAACAUAUUUCGGGAGCCCAGACCAUGUCGAGGUGCUCAUGCCACACUCACUACAGAGUAUGGGAUGCCCUCCAGUCACUCCCAGUUCAUCUGGUUUUUCUUUAUGUACUCUUUCCUCUUUCUUUAUUUUAGAAUGCAUCAAACUAACAAUGCCAGGUGUCUUGAGCUGCUGUGGAGACACAUUCUGUCUACCUGUUUGCUAAGUGUGUCAGCCUUCGUUUCAUACAGCAGAGUGUAUUUGCUGUACCACUCCUGGAGUCAAGUUAUAAAUGGAGGGGUAGCAGGGAGUAUCAUGGCAGUAGCCUGGUUUAUCUUCACACAGGAGUUGCUUACUCCACUCUUUCCCAAGAUAGCAGCGUGGCCCAUUUCUGAGUUUUUCCUAAUCCGGGACACAAGCCUCAUUCCGAACAUUCUGUGGUUUGAGUACACAGUAACACGAGCAGAAGCUAGAAACAGACAACGAAAGCUGGGAACAAAACUGCAGUGAUUUUUCCCGAAGUUCCUUGUUUUAACUUGGAAAGGACCACACACACUGGAAAACCUGGACUGACCAAUGAGAGAGGGGGUACCAUUUCACAGACGGACCAAAGGAAAUGCUGGGACUGACCUGCAGCCUGAAGGAGCCAAUGGGCUUGCAUCUGGUGCUUGCGCAGCUUGCUAAUUGCUCCCUGAUGCAUGUGUGACCGUGCAGGAGUCUGACAAUUUUUUUUAAUUUUUUUUUUUUUUUAAUUAAAUCUAUUUUAAUCACAAACGCACGUUGGCAGUAAAACAUAGUAAAAGAAAAGUACUUUGCAGUGUGUAUCAGAAUUUGGGAGCAAAAGAAAAAUGGAACUGUGGGGUUGAUUUCAUUACUAUCAUUGGCAUGAAAUUAGUAUUUUUUUUUUUUUUUUUUUU